ACUCUCUCUGCAUGGACGGCGACGCGGCGAUCCAGACUUACUCUUCUGUCGCCGACGUUUCAUGAACCACCGCUGGGUCCUCCUCUCUUCCCAGCCACCACGAAACAGGGCCAUGCAGCAAUAACAGCCAUGAAGAUCAAACGCAUUUUCAUAUACCCAGUCAAGUCGUUGCGGCCCGUCGAAGUGAAUGCCGCAGAAAUCACAAAUGAAGGGCUACGCUUCGAUCGCCAGUAUGUUCUCGUCAAGCCACCCACCGAGGAGACCAAGGGACUGGCAGAGCACAUAACCAUCAAGAACCACUUCGAGCUGGGCUUAUUCCAUACCAUGAUCGAUAAGGCCUGGUCAAAGCUCACCAUCACGCACAUUCAUGCUGAGGAGAGAUCAGCCAUCACUAUUCCGCUCACGCCGUCUCCCGUCAGCUUGUUCAACUCGGAAGUAUUCCAAGUGAGCAUUUUUGGCACCAAGGCGCAAGGCAUUGACAUGGGAGACGAAGUGUCACAGUACUUCUCACAUCACCUUGGAAAGCAAGUGAAACUACUCUACAUAGGUGGAAAUGGCCAACGUGAGAUUCCCGGAGCUGUUUUCAUGCCCAAGCACAAAUACCGAGCGCUGUCCAUCGCUGUCAACGACAAGCUACAACCACAGAGAGUGCGUUUCGCGGAUGCAGCACCACUGCUCAUCACUUCAAGUGCGUCAGAAGAAGACGCAAGACAGAGAUUGCCACCCUCGGCGCGAGGCGAAGACCUGAUCGUACGAUUCCGGCCGAACAUUCACGUCGAUGUGGGGAACGAGGUGCCGCCUUACGACGAGGACCGCUGGGAUCUGCUAACAAUCAGAUCUAAAAUUGAUCGGGCGCAAGAGGUGUCUGUUCGCUGUCUAUUCCGAACUGUACGCUGUUUGAGUCUGAACGCCGACUUGACCAAAGGCAGCAUGAUCACUACGAAUCGACAACUAUACGGGCUACUCGCAAAAGACCGCAGAGUGAACGAGCUUUUCCCACAUAAGCCCGUGUUUGGUCAAUACGCAUGCGCAGGACCCAGCGGCGCCGUGUUGCGCGUCGGUGACGACGUCGAAAUCACGGGGCGUGUCAGCCAUCCUCUCUCGCCAAUGAGCCCGGGUUCUCCCAUCACGCCCAUCAUCAAGGAUGAAGACGAUACGUGAACCUCCAUCGUGAAAAUACGACUAUGCAUAUUAUCACACAGAGGUGUUCAGCCAUGCUAUGGCGUUGCAUGCCCACCAAGUUUCCUCUGUUGCCCUGCCAUCUGCGUGCUGCGCGACUUAGCCUGGCCAUUGGAAUCGCACAACUAGAGCCACAUGCAACCACUUGGUCAUCAAAACUGCGCUGGCCAGCGCGCUUGCAAAAUGGAAUCGCUUGGUUUCCAGCAGGAGCUCGUCAGCAGAAUCGGCCUCAAGCUCGAGCUCGGUGUGUGUUUCCUAUUGCGGAAGCUUUUGAGCGAGCUACCUCCCUCUGACAGCUCCAAUGCUGGUACUCGAACAGCUGGGCGCUUUCUACACGGGCGACAUCGGCGCCAACGUCAUACGACAAAAUGCACAGCGUGUCGACGACAGGGAUGUCCCAGCCGAACAUCAUCAAGGACGUCCGCAGCACGUGCGACUUGGAACGACAAGCCUUUGGACAGAAGAAAGCUGUCCCGUGACAGCAAAAUUUGGUGGUAUUGUGGUCGUAAAUCGUGAUGCUACAAAAGAUCAAAUGAUAUAUCGGAAUUGUUUGUUCUGUCAACAAGUCAGCAAAAACCCUCGAGCGAGACUGGCCGAAGCGGAGACAAACGACUUU